AUGAACUUUUGGACGCAAAUUCAGGAUUCCGCUGCUCUCGCUGGAAUAAAAGGACAGUGGGGUGUGAGCUAUUUGGCUCCACGUCCAUCGCAGGACACCAGUCUAUUUCGAGACGCAUACGGCACAUACUCCGCAAGAGUUGAUCAGCCGGAAUCCAGCCCGCCCUGCAAAGUCAAGCUGUUUCAAGACGGUCGCUUAGUGUCGAAUAUUUUUGUGCCAGGGACUGAUCUCGAAAUGGGUAACGAUUUGCUAACCCCAUAUUAUUGUGUGCGUAUUACUGGCAGUCUAGAGGACGACAAUUCCUCGAUGCCGAAUGUUCGUAUGUGGUUGAACAAUCGUGAGGUGCAUGAUAUUUCGGUUACCCGUCGCGUCGGGGCAGUGCGCAUUGUGCUCCCACUACUUCGCAUUAAUUACGAUUUCUACUCUGAACACAGUAAAAUUUCACUCCUUUGUGUUUGGCUUGCUUUGUUGGGAACUCUCUAA